GGCAGGACACUUCUUACCCUACCAACUGCGCAACAGAGUGAUAGGCGGACUUGGAGGUGGAGGGAAGCAUCAACACAUUGCACUAAGCCAGUUGAACCUUUACUGUUGCACUUGUCUGAGCCCUGGGUUGUGAUCUAUUAACUUAAACGGUUUGCGCCACUGACCGAACUGCUCGUAGUUGCCUUCAAGGAACCGUAACGCAACAUGCAAAGCAUAUACCGGCACCGGUAGCGCCUCCUUUCGGUUUGCAAAUCACUCGGCAUGUUUCGGAUCGUCGAUGCUCAUGCCCUGAAAGAAGCUGCAGUAUUUCAGACAGGCUGCGGUCCUCCGGUAACCACAAACUCCAUGCAGUGGCAGGGACGAUGCAAGUACCCCUGAAUUGCAGAAUGGUUCUUCUUUGACUUUCCUCUUCAUCAGUCCAUUUAGCCAUCAUCUUUGAUAUCUGCCAUCAUCUACCUGGUAUUUUCAUAUUUUGCACCGGUUCAUUCCACCAGCGAUUGUUUUUCUCCUCUUUCAAGACAGACAAACACUGCGUUUCUCCGUCGCAUAGCAAAGAGGAUUGGACCACUCAACAGUCCAUACCCACUUCGACAGUCGGCCACGCCUUAGCAACACGAGAGAUGAUCAGACUUCGGUGAUCGACCUCUGCCCCCACCAUCUCCAUGAUCCACGGGAUUCUCCUUCGACUCCUCGAAAUACACCCGACCUCUUCCUUUCGACUACUCGACCAGUUCUUUUCCAAUUUGACCCACCGGCCACUUCCCAGGGCAUCGGAUCCGGAUGAAAAUAUCCAUGACUGUUCUUUAACUGUUCCCCUUGAUGGCUAUGGAGCCAUCAUUUUUUUGGGGAUGUGUCAAAAUGAUGCAGAACACAAGGCGAAAAUCCCUUAUACGCGAUACCAUCCGCUGUCACGAGACAGAAGACCCCGAUCUGUGGCGCUUCAUUGUUCUGCAUUUGCAAAACGGCCCUACCUACAAGGUGGCCUCUAGGGCGGCUUCAGUUAUAUGGCGCAACCUAUCCAAUUAUUAUGUCAGCCUCGUUUCAAAGGAGCUUCCUUAAAGCUGUCUUCGCGCAAGGCUUUCGGGCUCCUUGCCUGCCUGCAGCAAUGGAAGAGGUAAUUUCUUUCUCUGGAUGCCGUUUCCCAAUGACAUUUGCUUUCAUGCCUUCGUCUGACACAGUCUUACAACGGGAAGCAUUGCCGUAUUCAGCAGAUCGGCCCACCUGCCCUACUCGCGUGGGAGAACCACCGAGACUACGCAUGGAUAGUGACCUAGUCAAGUUCCAACAUUGGAAGACUAGAUUUGGCCUGUCCCUCCCAUGCCGGUAUUACCUGCCGCUCCCUGGCGCGCCUGCCCAUCCCUGUUCGAAAUGGAGCAAAAAGGUACCCUCCAAUUUGACGUUCGCCGAGGAGAACGGGAAUGAAAAGGCUCUCCGUGAUUCUUGGAUAAAUGCCAAAGCGUCCUAUUCGGUGGACCCGAAGAAUCGCAGCCUUUCGGACGAGUUCAUACCACCUGCCGCCAAGGAAGACGACAUGGGUUGCUGGCAAUGAGGAUGCUGUCAAGGAGGCGGAGGAGGAGGAAAAGAGCGACCAUUGGGUUUCCCUCGUUACCAACUACUACUACCCCAACAUUGCGGGAAAUUACCGAAUUGAUUGAUGCCUUUGAACUGGAGAACGGCAAGCAACACGAUGGAUUUGUAGAUAUGCAGUUUGUUGGUGCCUAUCCCGGAAAACCCGGCUUUUCUAGGUUCGCAGAUCAAAGUGAUUUAAUGGAUGAUUUCGGUGGCCGUUGUGUUUGUGUUAUACCUCAGCCAUUGGUGGAUGUGUACAAGGAAGUACGGCUUACCUUAAUUCUCGCAGCGCAUGCUUUAUGAUUGACGGGAUACCUCCCUAUUUAGGAUUG